AUGUUAAAUGCAUGUAGGACAUACACCAACAGUAUAUCUUCCGUGAUGCGGUGCUCAGCGGUGCCAUGGAGAACCCUAUACAGAACAAGUGUCACUGGUGCUAUCCGACGUUCCAGUCCAGUGGGCUGCAGGGAGAGCUCUCGGAUUAUCCAGCCGGCAAGAAUGUUCAGUUCGACUUCACGCUGUUUUGGUGAGGUGAAGAAGAAAGUGCUGACGGAUAAUAAUUCGCCGUUGCUCAAACGCAGUCAGCCGGAUAUCAACGGGGCCACUGUGUUGCAGAAACUCAAGGCGAAUGUUAAAUGGAUACUGAUCAGGAACAAAGAGAGGCCGUUUUCUAAGAACGAGCUUGGUACUUUGUUUUCCUGGCUGCUCAUCUCACAGCUGGUAUGGCUGAUUUUGAAGACCACUACAGUGGUUUCUAUUCUUUUAUUGGGGUUUAAUACAGUGUUCGCCAAGGAGUUGGUCGGACAAACUGUUGGUAAAUUAUUGAACUACUUUCUGGACGGUAUAGAUAUUAAAUUCAAGGAUGCAUCGAUCCCAGAAUGGCAAAAUGGGUUCAUACGGUUCAACAGCGUGGAAUUGAAGAGCGUCGACGAUGGAAAAUCUAGCGCAGUGUUAUCGUUCGAUUUAAAAUUCCACCAAAUUGAAAUGAACUUGUCGCUAAAGAAAUGGCUCUUUGGCAAUGGUCUUCUAAAUGAUAUUAAGAUUCUCGGUAUGAGGGGUGACGCCAAUAUAAACUACCAAAGGGAUGACGAAAACCGCAACGCUUUACUCAUAGAGUGGUUUUCGAACCCACAUUACGAACUCAAUAAGAUCGUCGUUUCUGACUCGAAUAUAAACGUCAAGGAAAGCUUCCCCGGUUCCGAGACCCCGACUUGCUACAAGAUUGCACUGUUCAAUUUAGAAAUACCGAAACUGAGGCUGAACCGAAUGAUAAUAGAUUUUUUGAACGCCAACGUCAUCACCGGCUCGAUCAAUAACUCGCUGUUUACUUUUCACAAAAGGCAAAAUAAGUUACCACUUUUGAAUUCGCUAGAGGAUGACAACUCAUCUUUGCAAAGGAUAACAAGACUGAGGUUGAACUCCAUAAGCGUUAAAGAUUUGGGCAUUUACCAGACGAAGGCGUUUAAUUGGAUUGAUGAAGGUAACGUCGACAUUAUCGCGGACAUUAUGUUGCCUCGUGGGUUGGCUGACACGUCGGACUCCGCGUUUAAGGGUAACGAGGAAAAAUAUAUUGUCAUCGACUUGAAGUUUAGAUUUAAAGAUCUAAAGGCUAUACUACCAGCACAUGCGCCGAAGUUGUCUACUGGUGAAUCAAUAGUAUCCCUAGAGGAAUUGAAACCUGUCGUAUCGUACGUGAACUUGCAAAGAGCGUUGUCACAAACGGCGCAUAAAGCGACGAAAGAUUCCAACCCACCAGAAGAUGGAGCCGCCAACGACAACAGAUAUCACAUUGGGAACGAGACUCCAAAUAUAUCGAUAAGAAGGCGCAAAUCGUACCCAAACAUAACGGUGAUUCAAUCAACACCCAAUAGUGGUAAGAAAAAUGCAUCUUCCUCAGUUAACUUUGACGACUCCAACCAAAGGUCGAUCAUAAAAUUUAACGAUUCCGUGGAUGAUUCGACAGGGCAGUCAACACAGUUUGGCUCGGCAAACAUUCCGUCAAACGAGUUGUCCCUACGUUGUAGGAUUGUGAAGAAUGUUAAAGAUCUAGAAGAGAAAAUGAUAUUUCAAGAGACGGGCAUAUAUGAUCAACUGAGCAUGGAACUGUACGUAGAUCUGACCAAAGUUGUCGAAGAAUGGGAGUACAAAAACAAAGACCAAUGGAUGAAGCAGUGGGGGACCGGAUUUGCCUCUCAACUGCUGUUAUUCGGAUUUGCCUCUCCAGUCUGA